GACGGGAGGAAGAGAGGCAGGAAGCGGCGCGAGACGCUGGCCCAGCCGGUGCCCCCUCCGUUGUCAGUAACCACAGCGGACCCCAGAUCUCCGGAGCCAGAGCCGACAGACGAGAGGAGGUGGUCACGGCCGUCGAUGUGCCUGGGAGCUCCCAGUCUCUCCGGACCGCCAUGGGCUUCGCCGGGGAUGUAGGGAGCUAGGCUCCGAGGCUGGGCCCUGGCGGCAGGGAGAGAGCGGGGCGCGGCGCCCCGAGGAUGGAGAGAGCGAUGGAGCAGCUCAACCGCCUGACCCGCUCGCUGCGCCGCGCCCGCACCGUGGAGCUGCCCGAAGAUAAUGAAACUGCUGUCUAUACAUUAAUGCCAAUGGUUAUGGCUGACCAGCAUAGAUCUGUUUCGGAAUUAUUAUCCAAUUCAAAGUUUGAUGUCAAUUAUGCAUUUGGACGAGUGAAGAGAAGCUUGCUUCACAUUGCUGCAAAUUGUGGAUCAGUCGAAUGCUUGGUUCUGCUGUUAAAAAAAGGAGCAAAUCCUAACUAUCAAGAUAUUUCAGGAUGUACACCCCUUCAUCUGGCAGCUAGAAAUGGGCAGAAGAAAUGCAUGAGUAAAUUAUUAGAAUACAGUGCAGAUGUCAACAUUUGUAAUAAUGAAGGACUGACUGCAAUUCAUUGGUUGGCUGUAAAUGGAAGAACAGAGCUGCUUCAUGAUCUUGUGCAGCAUGUCAGUAACGUGGAUGUUGAAGAUGCAAUGGGACAGACAGCAUUGCAUGUUGCAUGCCAGAAUGGUCAUAAGACAGCUUGUUAAGGAACAAUAAGGUUAUUCCACUACAUUCAGUCAGCUAUAUUGGUAUCCAUAACCAUCCUCCAAACUUUUCAUCCAGAGACUUACAGGGCAGUCAUGUACACUUAUUUGAAUGCUUUUCCCAAAGCAUUGCUUGGAUUCAGCUUUAAGGCGUAAAGACAGUGCAAUGCUUGCUAGACAGUGGUGCUGAUAUUAAUAGGCCAAAUGUGUCUGGAGCUACCCCACUAUAUUUUGCUUGCAGUCAUGGCCAGAGAGACACAGCACAGAUUCUUCUUUUACGCGGAGCAAAAUAUCUGCCAGAUAAAAAUGGAGUAACCCCUCUGGAUUUGUGUGUACAGGGUGGCUAUGGAGAGACUUGUGAAGUAUUAAUUCAGUAUCACCCUAGGCUUUUCCAGACAAUUAUUCAAAUGACCCAGAAUGAAGACCUUCGAGAAAAUAUGUUGCGACAAGUUUUGGAGCAUUUAUCUCAGCAGAGUGAAAGCCAGUACCUAAAGAUUCUGACAAGUCUUGCUGAAGUUGCUACAACAAAUGGUCAUAAACUGCUUAGCCUGUCUAGCAAUUAUGAAGCACAAAUGAAGAGUCUCUUAAGGAUUGUGAGGAUGUUUUGUCAUGUCUUUCGAAUUGGCCCAUCCUCUCCCAAUAAUGGAAUUGAUAUGGGCUACAAUGGGAAUAAAACUCCAAGAAGUCAGGUGUUCAAGCCUUUGGAGUUACUCUGGCACUCAUUAGAUGAAUGGCUAGUGUUAAUAGCCACAGAGUUGAUGAAAAACAAAAAGGACUCGACCAACAUCACAUCUAUUUUAUUGAAGCAAAAGGGGCCAGAUCAGCAAGAUGCUACUUCCAUCCCUUCAUUUGCCAGUCCAGGAACUGGGAGCAGAGAAAAUCUAUCUAUUGACACAGGGGAAUCUAAACCAGAUGAUAUUGCAGGGAAGCAGGAAGCUAGUGCGGAUUGUCAGGAUGUUAUCUCCAUGACAGCAAACCGGCUAAGUGCUGUCAUUCAGGCUUUUUAUAUGUGCUGCUCUUGUCAGAUGCCUCCAGGAAUGACUUCACCCCGUUUCAUAGAGUUUGUAUGCAAACAUGAUGAAGUUCUUAAAUGCUUUGUUAAUCGAAACCCCAAAAUAAUUUUUGACCAUUUUCACUUCCUCCUCGAGUGUCCUGAACUGAUGUCAAGGUUCAUGCAUAUCAUAAAAGCACAGCCUUUUAAAGAUCGUUGUGAGUGGUUCUACGAACAUUUGCAUUCAGGGCAAUCAGAUUCAGACAUGGUACACAGGCCAGUGAAUGAAAAUGAUAUCCUGCUGGUUCAUAGAGAUUCUAUUUUUAGGAGUAGCUGUGAAGUUGUGUCUAAAGCAAAUUGUGCAAAGCUAAAACAGGGGAUUGCUGUGCGUUUCCAUGGAGAAGAAGGCAUGGGUCAAGGGGUUGUACGUGAGUGGUUUGAUAUUUUAUCUAAUGAGAUAAUUAACCCAGAUUAUGCUCUGUUCACUCAAUCAGCUGAUGGAACAACUUUUCAGCCUAAUAGCAACUCAUACGUCAAUCCUGAUCACUUGAACUAUUUCCGGUUUGCUGGACAGAUCUUGGGUUUAGCUUUGAACCACAGGCAGCUGGUCAACAUUUACUUUACGAGAUCAUUCUACAAGCACAUUCUUGGUAUUCCUGUAAAUUACCAGGAUGUGGCAUCUAUUGAUCCAGAAUAUGCAAAAAAUUUGCAGUGGAUACUGGAUAAUGAUAUUAGUGAUCUGGGUCUAGAAUUAACCUUUUCUGUUGAGACAGAUGUAUUUGGAGCAAUGGAAGAAGUGCCUUUGAAACCUGGGGGUGCAAGCAUUCUUGUGACACAAGACAACAGAGCAGAAUAUGUCCAGCUUGUUACUGAGCUCCGAAUGACAAGAGCCAUUCAGCCUCAGAUCAAUGCUUUCUUACAGGGCUUCCACAUGUUCAUUCCACCUUCCCUUAUACAACUUUUUGAUGAAUAUGAACUGGAGUUACUGCUUUCUGGUAUGCCAGAAAUUGAUGUGAGUGAUUGGAUAAAAAAUACAGAAUAUACAAGCGGCUAUGAAAGAGAUGAUCCAGUUGUUCAGUGGUUCUGGGAAGUUGUGGAAAGCAUAACUCAAGAAGAAAGAGUGCUUCUGUUGCAGUUUGUUACUGGCAGUUCCAGGGUCCCACAUGGUGGCUUUGCUAAUAUAAUGGGUGGAAGUGGAUUGCAAAAUUUUACAAUAGCUGCUGUGCCCUACACGCCAAAUCUGCUACCGACAUCAAGUACAUGCAUCAACAUGCUCAAGUUACCUGAAUACCCAAGUAAGGAAAUCCUUAAGGACAGGCUGCUUGUGGCAUUACACUGUGGAAGCUAUGGUUACACGAUGGCAUAAUGAAGUCUAGAAAACUCAUCUGACUACUGAGGCGUGAUUCAGAGUGGCAGAAGUCAUUUAGGAAACCAUCAACAGAGAAGCAGCCUAAAUUCAGCCCAGGGGCAGGGCUGAUGUUUAAAAUUCCUAAAGGAUCCUUUUUUUCUCCCUCCUUUCUUUCAUUGUAUGUUUGUUGAAUUUUGUGAUACAAUUACAGAAGAUUUUAAAUUGCCAUAGAUUUCAUUUGUAAAUAUAUCUACAUGUAUACACACAUACAUGUAUAUAGUUUUGUAUUUGAAAUAGCUCCUUUCCUUAUUCAUGUUGCCUUAAUCUGCACCAAAUAUGUUAAGUCUCAGCUCUAUUGUACAUUCCACUUCUGCCAUUUAACUGUUAGGCUUCAGAGGAUGGUUUGUUUUGUUUUUGUUUGUUUGUUUUUUUUUUUUCCAUUUUUGCCCUCAACUUGAAUCAUAUAUAGACUCUCUCAGUCUUGUAUAUUUUGUUGCAUGCAAAGUGCCAUUUAUUUUUUUGAGAAAAAACAGUAUAUAAAAUUGGUUGAAUUUGAUUGUGUAUAAAGCCACAAAUAAGUAUUUUCUCACGUUGUAUCUAUAUUGCAAUGAUGUUUUUUAAAGCUUUUUAAUAUUUUAAUAUAUGAAGUUAAGACCAAUGUCAUUGAUAAAUAGGUGAUGAAAUGACAUCUAAUUUACAUAUUAAAGUUUACAUUAUAUUGGACUAAUUAUUUGUAUCUCAAUUGGUAAAUUUGCUUCUUGUAUAUAUCAUUUAUAUGCAUGCAUAUAUAUAUGUGUGUGUGUGUAUAUAUAUAUAUAUGCUCUCAAAUUUCUUAUACCUAGAUUUAGUUUUCAAUUGUAUUUGAGGUAAAAUUUAAAUGUUAUAUUUUAUCAUAAUUCUUUUAACCAGUCAGUUUUGUUUUUACUCGUGAGUUCUGAGGACAUGCCUAUAGAAUGAAUUAGCCUGGCAUAUAUCAUUUUAAAUGUGUUUUUAUUUUUGCAUAAAGUAUCUUUUUAAAUCAA